AUGUGUGAAGAAGAAGACAGCACUGCCCUGGUGUGUGACAAUGGCUCUGGGCUCUGUAAGGCCGGCUUUGCUGGGGACGAUGCUCCCAGGGCUGUUUUCCCAUCUAUUGUGGGCCGCCCCAGACAUCAGGGGGUGAUGGUGGGAAUGGGUCAAAAAGACAGCUACGUGGGUGAUGAAGCACAAAGCAAAAGAGGAAUCCUGACCUUGAAGUACCCAAUAGAACAUGGCAUCAUCACCAACUGGGACGACAUGGAAAAGAUCUGGCAUCACUCUUUUUAUAAUGAGCUUCGUGUUGCCCCUGAAGAGCAUCCAACCCUGCUCACUGAGGCGCCCCUGAACCCCAAGGCCAAUCGGGAGAAAAUGACCCAGUUGACAGCUGAGCGUGAGAUUGUCCGGGACAUCAAGGAGAAACUGUGCUACGUAGCUCUGGACUUUGAAAACGAGAUGGCCACUGCUGCAUCCUCAUCCUCUCUGGAGAAGAGCUAUGAGCUGCCUGAUGGGCAGGUGAUCACCAUCGGGAACGAACGCUUCCGUUGCCCAGAGACUCUGUUCCAGCCAUCCUUCAUCGGGAUGGAGUCUGCUGGCAUCCAUGAAACCACCUACAACAGUAUCAUGAAGUGUGACAUCGACAUCCGGAAGGACCUCUAUGCUAACAAUGUCCUCUCAGGGGGCACCACCAUGUACCCAGGCAUUGCCGACCGGAUGCAGAAGGAGAUCACGGCCCUAGCGCCGAGCACCAUGAAGAUCAAGAUCAUUGCCCCGCCAGAGCGCAAAUACUCUGUCUGGAUCGGCGGCUCCAUCCUGGCCUCUCUGUCCACCUUCCAGCAGAUGUGGAUCAGCAAACAGGAGUAUGACGAAGCCGGGCCCUCCAUUGUCCACCGCAAAUGCUUCUAA